AUGACGUUCGCCACCGUCGUAGGGCUGGGUCUCGGCAUGUCGGGCAUCUCUGUCGGUCUGAUGCUGAGCUACCCCCUGAUCUACAACCAGACCUUCCUUCGCAGCGACACAGUCUCUGCGCUCAGCAAGCAUCACCGCCUCGACGUGUGGUCGCGCGGCUACGAGGGCGGCAAGGCCGCAAACGCCCCCGCCACCGCCCUCACCGCCCUCGCCUUCUUCUCCACCUGGGCCUACCGUGGCAGGUACGUCGUCGCCAACCGCAAGAUCAACCUGUACGUCGUCGCCGGCGUCUUUAGCGCGCUCGUCGUGCCGUUCACCGUUCUGGCCAUCAAGCCGGUCAAUGAUCGUCUUUACGCCCACCUGGCCAAUGCCAAAUCCACCGCGAGCGCCGCCGACGACGACGAGGUCGAGGCCCUCUUUGCCAAGUGGACCAGGCUGCACAACGUCAGGGUCGCCCUCUCCCUCGUCAGCAUGGCCGUCGGCUUCUAUGCCACCUUUGGCUUCUAG